GGUUCAGUUCCUGAUUUCAAGCUCUCCGUUUCCCUUCUUAAUUUACCAAGUCAAAGAUAUCGCCUGUGGAGUACUAGUUCAACAAUGUCAGUCGGACGUAUAACAAGCAGGCCGUUGCAAAACAAGGCUACUGGCAUCGACCUUCAUGUGCCACUCUAUCAGGAGAUCAGAGGACCGGUUAUUACAGGCCAUGUGGAAUAUCAAAUUGUGGUUGUGACCUGCCUUUCUUCCUUCAAGUCAGCAAUACACAAAACAGGAGAUGUUCUGCAGUUUGUUGUUUCUAAAAAAUACAGUGAAAUUGGACAGCUAUAUUACAGUCUGAAGACUAAGUAUCCAAGCGUCCAUCUGCCUCCAAUGCCCCGCAAAGCCCUGUUUGUGAGUGAGACUGACCUCUGUAAAAGGAGGGUGGCUUUUGAUGAACUAGUCAAAUUCCUUUCCAAGCACCCGCUUCUGGCAAAUUGUCCAGAGUUGCUGGAGUUUUUAGGAGGAAAGACAAUGGCUGUUGAAGUCAAAACCCUAAAUAAGCCUGAUUUUAUUGAGAAAGAGGUGGAAGAUGGUCUGGAUUUUUUUGAAAGCAAUGAACUUCUUCAGAAGCCAUCUGAAGAAGUGGAAUUAUUGGAUCCGCCGAGCAGUGAAUGGCUUAAAGAUAUGAACCCAAAGGAUGUGCGUCCAGUUGCAAAAUGUGUCCCUAAACCUAAAUCAGAAACACUGUUUGAAGAGGAAGAUGACACAGACCUGUUUUCGCCUGCCAUAAAGGGUCAUGUGAUGUUGUUUGACAACACUCCCUUAAGAAGUAUCGACUCUUCCCCAUUUUCUAAUACCAGUAAUGGUAUUAAAUUGACUGAAUCUAAAGUGGAUGAAGAUAUAGAAGAGCUCUUGAGUGUGGAAAUGGACUUGCAUAAACAUCUCCCUGUCAGCAAGACAGUCACGUCAUGUAGGCCAGACACUGCUAUGAAUCCCAUGAAGCCAAAAGUGAAGCCCAAGCCUGUGGUGUUUGAGAGGACUUCCAACUUGACCCAAGCAACUGAUUUACAGCUGAGCGGAACUGAGGUUAUGAACCAGAUGGAUAUUCUGCAGUACAUUCAGCAAAAUGAUCUACCAGCCAGUGAGGACUUAGACCUUUUCAAGAGCUGAUGAUCAAUUACCAUCUUAUUGAUGCCAACGUUAAAUUAAAAAUGUUCCAUGAAUGCUGUCUAUGAAGCUUUUGCCUUGCAUUUCAUGAGAAAUGCAAGAGAUGAACGAAUAGAAAAAUGGAGACAUGGACAUAUUAUUCAUUGGUUUUCUUAAUGUUGUCACCCUUGACUAUUAAAUUUAAAAGGGUAGAAAUAUUGUUAAAAUACUCUGAAUAAACAUCAAAUUUGCAUAAAAGAUGGACUCUUUAAACACCACUGUGAUCAGAUACAGUAUAUCUAUACUAUGCAACAUACAUUUCCUUAAUAAAACUGUUUAUUAACUGGAACAUUGAGUGA